AUGAAGCUCUCGCUUCUUUCUGGCGCUGCCCUGAUUGGGUCGGCUCUGGCAGUUGACCCCAUUGUUAUCAAGGGUUCCAAAUUCUUCUAUUCCAGCAACAACACUCAAUUUUACAUGCGUGGUGUUGCUUACCAGCAGGACGUCUCCAGCGAUGACAGCGGAAACACCACCUACCAAGACCCCCUGGCCAACCCUACGGCCUGCAAGCGUGACAUUCCUAUCAUGCAGGAACUCCGCACCAACACGAUCCGUGUGUACGCCAUCGACCCUACCAAGGAUCACUCGGAGUGUAUGAAUGCACUGGCCGACGCAGGCAUCUACGUCGUGUCCGAUCUUUCUCAACCCGAUGAAUCCAUUGACCGCAGCGACCCUCAAUGGAACACUGAGUUGUACUCCCGGUACAUCUCUGUUGUCGACGAGAUGGCCCAGUACAACAACACCCUUGGCUUCUUCGCCGGUAACGAGGUGUCCAACUCCGCUAACAACACCGAUGCCAGCGCUUUCGUCAAGGCGGCCGUCCGCGACAUGAAGUCCUACAUCAAGCAAAAGGGCUACCGUACCAUUGGUGUCGGCUAUGCCACCAACGAUGACUCGGAUAUCCGUGUCAACAUGGCUGAUUACUUCAACUGCGAGAACAGCGACGAAAGCAUCGACUUCUGGGGCUACAACAUCUACUCCUGGUGCGGUGACUCCAGCUACCAGGCCUCGGGCUACAAGUCGCGCACUGAGGAAUUCAAAGACUACUCUGUGCCUGUCUUCUUCGCCGAAUACGGCUGCAACGCCGUGCAACCCCGCAAGUUCACCGAAGUUGACGCCCUGUACAGCUCCCCCAUGGCCGACGUCUGGUCCGGCGGUAUCGUUUACAUGUACUUCCAAGAAACCAACGACUACGGCCUCGUCUCCGUCAUUGACAGCACCUCCGUCUCCAAGCUCGCCGACUUCACCUCUUACUCCCAGCACAUCGCUAGCGCCACCCCCUCCGGCACAAAUAAAGCCUCCUACACGCCUACCAACAGCGCCCUGCAAUCUUGCCCCUCCGUCAACUCCGCCUGGGAAGCAGCCGCCACCCCACUGCCCCCAACCCCCAACUCCGAACUCUGCAGCUGCAUGUCCAAAUCGGCCAAGUGCGUCGUAAAGGAUUCCGUCUCCUCCUCGGACUACUCGGACCUCUUCGGCGUCGUCUGCGGCUACACCGACUGCAGCGGGGUCUCCGCCAACGGCACCUCGGGCGACUACGGUGCUUACUCCAUGUGCUCCGCCAAAGACCAGCUCAACUUCAUCAUCAACCACUAUUACGAAAAGCAGGGCUCCAAGGCCUCGGCCUGCGACUUCGGCGGUUCCGCCACGACCACCUCGACAACCGCGCCUAGCGGGACCUGCAAGAGCCUAAUGAGCGAGGCUGGUUCUGCUGGCACCGGCACUGUGACCUCGCAGCCUACCGCGACCGGCUCGUCUGAGUCCGAGAGUGCUUCUGCGAGCUCGUCUUCGUCGCGGGGCGCUGCUGCUGCUGGUGUGACGCCUAGUGUGGCGAUUGGAUUUGGAUCGGUGCAGUUUGGGGCGUAUGCUGUUACUGCUGUGCUUGCUGGAUUGGGUAUGGUCUUGUUGUAA